AGUAGAAUGUCCAACCAGCCACAUCUUUUCCGUCAACACGCUUGAAGGGAUUCGGACAACUUCAAUCUGCAGUUGAUGUCAGCUCCAAAAGGCGAGAACUGCCAGGUCGACAUGGAGAGCAAAGCUGGAGAUCUGUUCAGUGCUGAGGAUGCUCAUCCUACAGGUGGAGCUGGGAUCUUGGCCAAGCUGGGCCUCCCCAAAAGCAUCUCCCCCAGCGUGGCCAAAGAGUGGCUGGACAGGCGCCGCAUGUCCAUCCGACCGUGGGCAAGCUUCGUGGACCAGCGCAAGUUCUCCAAACCUCGCAACUUUGGCGAGCUGUGUCAGCGGGUGGUGAAAAACGUGGAGACGUUCAACAGCAACUACACCUUCAUCUUCUUGGGCCUCAUCCUCUACUGCAUAAUCAGCUCUCCAAUGUUGCUCAUUGCAUUGGCCGUGUUCCUCGGUGCCUUCUACAUCGUCCAUCUUAAAUCGCUGGAGUCGAAGCUGGUGAUCCUUGGCAAGGAACUGACUGUCCCCCACCAGAUGAGUCUAGCUGGAGCCGUUUCCUUACCUGUGUUCUGGCUGGCAGGAGCAGGCGCUGCAGUUUUUUGGGUUCUGGGAGCGACCUUGUUCGUGAUCGGCAGUCACGCCGCAUUUCGUGAGCUGGAACCUUCCGACUUGGAGGAGCUCCUCAUGGAGCCCGUAUAAGGAGCAGGACGACCUGGCUGUGGUUUCCACGUACAAUGAUAUACUUUGCUGUUACACAGGUAUCAUGGCCUAUUCUAUAUGCCGCCACUCUUAUCAUUAAAUGGGUUAGGGUUACAUUUAUACUUUGUUAUUCGCAAUUGUCGCUACGCCAAACUGCUAAGCCGGGAACACUUUCCCCAACAGAAGUGCCAUUUUUAAAGCAAUGAACACGUAAAAGUACUAUUAUGAUUCUACACAAAUGAAAAUGCAUAAUGUUGUUUUUUUUUAACGCAAACCUUUAGUUUACUUCGUAUAGAAAUGGUGCCAGUGUAUAUUCUAUAGCCAGGAAAAUGUGGAUCUUGUGCAAAUGUUCAUUCCAGCAAUUACAAAGUGAAACUAAUACAUGACAUAAGCUCAGAACAUGCGAGAUGUUUGAUAUCAUUCUGAUUAUAGCAGCUUACAGUAGGGGGGUCCGAAUGUUUGGAAUUGGGGGCCGCAUUGGAAAAAAAAAUAGAUAAAAAAAAUAUGUAUGUAUGUAUUAGGGCUGCAACUAACGAUUCAUUUGAUAAUCAAUUAAUCUGUCGAUUAUUGCUUCGAUUAAUAAUCGGAUAAAAGAGACAAACUACAUUUCUAUCCUUUCCAGUAUUUUAUUGAAAAACACCAGCAUACUGGCACCAUGUUGUGGACAUUGGGGGUGCAGCAUACACCAACAAUAACACAGAAAUGUAACUCAUCAGAACUGAAUCAGAUAUUGUUCACGUUUCUGUUGUGAAUAAUAAAGGAUUCAUUUUAGGCUGCCUCUGAAUAAUAGCAUGAAAUAUUCCAGCACCUUCAUAACGUUUAGUUAUACUAAAGCGUCACUCAAAUCUAAAUAUAUUUAUACAGCUUUAUCGAGCCCGGCUACAUUGAUCCAUUAUGAAACCAACCUGAGAUAUUUCUGUCCGUUACGUUUAUUUCCAAAUUGGUAGCCGUGCGUUUUCUCUCUCAAAACGGAGUCAAAUGUGCCGGAGACACAUUAUCAGCCCCGCGUUGCAACAAAGGGAUAACGUUAACGUUACUCACAAAAAAGCUGAACUCAUGAAUGCCUGUUGCCACUAUGGACUUAAAAAGUUACGUACCGUGAGUUCCUCCCUUCAUCCAUGGCUCCAACAUGUUUCCUUUUCAUGUGCUCCUGAAGCAAUGUUGUACUUCCGUGCCAUUUUGCAGGAAACGGUCUUCUUUGACGUCUUUAAAGUGAAGUGUUCCCACACUUUUGACGACUUAGGUCAGGGGUCGGCAACCCGCGGCUCCGGAGCCGCAUGCGGCUCCUUGACCACUCUGAUGCGGCAUACAUGCCGACCCCCCCGAUUUUCCCAGGAGAUUUAUGAAUCUCAGUGUCCCUCAUAGAUUACUCCCAGGGAAAAAAUAAUUCUAUUUACACUCUAAUUACUAAAUAAAGGGCGUGCCCUAAUUGCACUGCAGUAAUUGUCCUCUAUAGCAUUUACAUACAGCGUGCCAGUCCAGCCACAUGUUGCAUGUUGUUAUUACUUGCACACAUAGGAGACAGCAAAGCAUACUUACUCAUCAGCCACACAGCUUACACUGACGGUAGCCGUAUCAAACAACUUUAACUCUGUUACGUUACAAAUAUGCGCCACACUGUGAACCCACACCAAAAAAGAAUGAAAAACACAUUUCUGGAGAACAUCCCACCGUAACACAACACAACAUAAACACAACACAACCAUUACCCAGAAUCCCAUGCAGCCCUAACUCUUCCGGUCUACAUUAUACACCCCCGCUACCACCAAAUCCCCCCACACAUCAACCCCCCCCCCUCUCCGUGCGUUGGUUGAGCGGAAGAGUUAGGGCUGCAUGGGAUUCUGGGUAUUGGUACCGUCAGUGUAAGAUGUGUGGCUGCUGAGUUAGUAUGCCUUGCUGUCAUUUACGUGAGCAAGCUGAAAUUGCAUUCUACAUGUGGUCGAGCAGGUACACUGUUAGGGCAGACUGUAGAGGGCGCCAAAUGCAGUGUCAUCACGCUCUUAUAUACGGGAGUCUCCCGGGAAAAAUGAGAGGGUUGGCAAGUAUGACGCUAUCAAGCGCCAUUCAUUCAAAACUCGCGGGCUGCACUAACAUCAAAUUUCCACAUUAAAGUGCGUGCCGGUGCGUGUGUCUGAGACCCCUGGUUAACAUAGCACAAAGCGUUUAAGCUUUGUAUGCGGUGUUUUUCAUUUUACAUUUUAAAAAUUUUUUUGUGGCUCCCAUUACUUUCUUUAAUUUGUGAAACUUGCCAAAAUGGCUCUUUGAGUGGUAAAGGUUGCCGACCCCUGACUUGGGUCGUACACUUUUCUCCAUUGAAGUAAUGUUUCUCCGCUAAACUAUCGGUACUGUUUUCCUGCGCCAUUUUUCGAAUGUUUCCAGCAAAGGAGACGGCGUCGUCUCGUGAGCUGCACAUGACCACAUCAUUGGCUAGCUUACGCCACCUCAUGAGACGUACGCUGUUUUGUACUGUUUUUGUACUUAUUUUGAUUAUUGUUUCUCAGCUGUUUGUAAAUGUUGCAGUUUAUAAAUAAAGGUUUAUAAAACAAAAAAAAUAACCCAAAAAUUUAAAAAAAUUAUAAUAUAAAAAUAAAAGAAGCGUCCGCGCAUGCGCAUAGCAUAGUUCCAACGAAUCGAUGACUAAAUUAAUCGCCAACUAUUUUGGUAAUCGAUUUUAAUCGAUUAGUUGUUGCAGCCCUAGUAUGUAUAUAUGUAUAUAUAUAUGUACAUAUACAGUACGGGCCAAAAGUGUCGACACACCUUCUCAUUUCAAUGCGUUUUCUUCAUUUACAUGAAAACCCUUGCAGGUGACUGACUACCUCUUGAAGCUCAUUGAGAGAAUGCCAAGAGUGUGCAAAGCAGUAAUCAGAGCAAAGGGUGGCUAUUUUGAGGAAACUAGAAUAUAAAAACGUGUUUUCAGUUAUUUCACCUUUUUUUGUUAAGUACAUAACUCCACAUGUGUUCAUUCAUAGUUUUGAUGCCUUCAGUGACAAUCUACAAUGUAAAUAGUCGUGGAAAUAAAGAAAACAUAAUAUAUACAUAAUGGAUUAACAUAAUUGGAUAGUAAGAGUAUUUAAUAGUUUGACUCAUACUUUGUGACGACCUCCUUAAAGUUUUGUAAUCAAUCAGAAAUAUCAAGCGCCGAACAUGGGAAAGUAUGAAGAGAGAGUUUUGCAAGUUUCCCAUCAUGCAUUGCAGGGGAUUUAAAUGGGUGUAAUUAUGAAUUAUGUGUAGUGCUUGGACAUGUUUAAUAAUAUUAACAAAGUUCAGUGAGCAGGUUGUGUUAUGUGUGACCAUGCGUGUUGACUUUUUCUGAUAGUUUAUUUACACCAUGAGUGAGGAAGGUUGUCUGGUUUGGGCCACAAGUAAAAAUGCUGUGCUGUGGACACUUCAAGGUGGAAUUAACGGUCAAUAACUUGAAUAGUUGUCUAUUUCCACACGGUGGGUGGCAAGUUUGAAGCAAUUAUAUUGUCAUAUAUUGAAAAUGAAAUCUGAGGGCCAGAUUCCUUGAAAAUCUUGGGAAUUUUUUUUGUGUUUUUUUUUUUUUUAAUUAUAAACCAUGAUCAUCAAAAAUGAUGAGAAAUAAAGGCUUGACAUAUUUUACUUUGCAUGUCCUGAGUUUAUAUCACAUACUAUUUUCACAUUUAAAUGAACUUUAGCACAAUAUUCUAAUUUUUUGGAGUUUGACCCGAAUGCACUCAAUAUUUAACAUGUAUUUGUGUAAUAAAUAAAGUUGGGCCAU